GAGCUCAUUGACGGGAUGGCCCACACGGUCUCUUUCCUCGUUCUGUUGUCGCUGGUCUCUUUGGGGAUCGGACAAUCAAAUCCAUCGGUGAUCAGCGUUACAAACGGAAGCCCAUGGGGUAACUGGGGCAGAGUCGAAUGGUGCCCAGAGGGCUACGUGGCCAAAGGAUUCUCGAUCAAGGCGGAAGAAAAACAGGGGAGGGGAGAUGAUACGGCCGUGAAUGGGUUUCGACUGCACUGUGUCCCGCGUUACAAUUCUAGCCCUGAGCGCACAAUUACAUCUACAGUAGGACCGUGGGGCGGCUGGACCUCGACUUUCUGGUGUCCGUCCAGUUACCUCGUCUCUUUCUCCUUGAGAGUGGAGGAACCACAAGGACGUAGGGAUGACACUGCCGUCAACAACAUCAUGUUCAGGUGCUCUGACAAUCGGAUGCUGGAAGGAACUGGACUCCCGUGGGGAUCAUACGGACCAUGGAGCCAGUCUUGUCAACAUGGAAUAUGUGGUAUUUUGACCAAAGUCGAAGGUAAACAAGGUGAUGGAGAUGACACGGCCCUCAACGAUAUUCAAUGCUUCUGCUGCUCCAAUGUAAAUGGAAACAAUUAAUAAUUAUUGUAAUUAUUGUACCAUGCUACAUCAUAUAUAAAGACCGCCAUUGGCAAAAAAGUGGGUCACAUGACUUGGUGAAAGGUCCAAAGAGUUGGAGUGGUUGCCAUAGAAAAUGGGUUUAGCAACAUAGCCACACCCACUUGGGGUGGCCAAACAAAUUCUUGCACCCAGGUGUCCGUGGCCCUAGGCUCAGUCUUGCUGUCGACCACAUCCUUCAACUGCAAAGCUUUCAUUCCCAUGGUAUCGAUGGUGCAGCCCUCUCCUGGCUCAAAUGCUGCCUCUCUGACCUUUACUGUCUCCUUCUCUGACGAGUAUUAGUUACUAAGCUCAUCUUACUAUGUCUUACCUCUCCUGGAGGAAGUUAAUCCUUUUGUAAAUCUAUAUUUGUUUUAUAACAAAUGUUUCAAAUAAAAUCUUUUAGCAUUUG